AUGCAGGUCUACGAACACCCCGCUUCGUCACCACCCCUCCAAGCUGCCCUAAAAAGCACGCUCCCUCAUAGUAUGUCUAUCUUCUAUCGCACCAAACACCCCAAUCGCACUGCAGACGCACAUAUCUUGGCCACGUUCCCAAUAUCGACUACCGAUUCGAUUUCACGAUGCUGGGCCACUGCAUACCUCGACCGCUCCAUGCGCCCAGAGACCGAGCUCUGGAUUUUUACGACGGGAGAGAUGCCUGGCCAUUAUGCGUCACCAGACAAAGAGAAGCAAGGGUUUUGCACGGAGUGUAAGAAAGCAGUGCUGUCAUUGAUAGACUAUAUGGGUAGUUUACCGAUUCCGCCCAUUCAUCCUUGGAACGAGCCUGCGAUUGAGCUUGCGCGACAGCAUGAGAAAGAGCACCCGCAAACAGGACCAGACGCAGCGUAUCCACCAGGGCCUGGACUAUACAUGCGACAUCUGCUGAUACCGACGAUCGUCACGUUGGGCGCAUGUCAUCAGGAAGUUGUGCAACUCUUGGCGGAAGCCGGUAUAUUAUGUAAAGAAUUUCCUGGCCAUGAGGCGUAUCUGAACAAAUUUUGGUUCAAAGUGUCCGAUUUGCCUCACACAAGGGACCUGCCCGAAGAAUUGCGCUGGGGUGAGAUGCGCGAGCAAGAUAUUGCAAUUGUGCAGGCACGGACAUCUAUACCUCGGACGGCGCGUACGCUGCUCAGUUUGAAGAGCGUGGGUGUGUUUGAAAUAGCAACAGACAAGCCUGUCGCAUGGACGUUUCUAGGGUUGGAUGGGUCGCUGACAACAUUGCACACGGAGCCCAAGUGGAGAGGCAAGGGCAUUGCAAAGGCAGUGGCUGUGAAAAUCUUCAAGGAGCAUGCGCCUGGACUUGCAGUGGAUGACGAGCAGAAUGCUUGGGCGCAUGCUGAUGUAUAUGUGGGAAAUGUACAGAGUGAGAGUGUGUGCAGGAGCUUGGGUGGGAAGCCUUCAGUGAAGAUACUGUGGGUCCGGGUGGAUAUUGGGAAGGGAGGCAGAUUGGGCGCGUAAGGGUAUGUAGGAUCAUGUGAGAUGUGUGAGGACAAUACACACCUGGGAUUGGGGCACUAAGGGAACUCGGGAUUUAGAAGGCACUGUAGCACGACCAGGUAAAGGAGACACGCA